AUGGCGCCAACUCCAAUUUUGGACCAUAUUGUCAUCCUUGUGCCACAUGAGACCCUUACCAACCUACCGUCCUGGGUCACAGAUGCUUUCACUGUGCUGGAAGGAGGACGCCAUGCCGAUGGUGUCACGGAGAACAAGCUGAUCCUACUUCAAGAUGGCGUCUACUUCGAGCUUAUUGCAUUUGUUCCUGGCAAAGAAGAGGAGAGAAAGUCUCACAGGUGGGGCGGGAGGCGGCCUGGUCACAUUGUCGACUGGGCCAAUACGCUUCAUAGCGAGGAUGACCUGAACACCAUCAGAAGCCGGAUAGAAGCCGCGAGCACAGGCAUAAAUUAUACAAGCCCUACUCCAGGGGGCAGAAUAAAGCCUGAUGGUACCGAACUGAAGUGGAUUAUCUCAUCUCCUUACCUGGACAAGGCAGCUGGGCUUAAUGAUUUUGUUGGCGGGGAGGCUCCAUUCUGGUGUCUUGAUCGGACCCCAAGGGACAAUCGAGUACCUUUUCACGUGGGUCACAACGUCACGCAUCCCUCAGGUGCGGUAGGAGUCCACCAGAUAUCUGUUCUUGUCGGAGACAAACUUUUGUUUGAGACAUUGAAGGGGACAUACGAUGCCCUCAGCGGCCGCAAGGGAACGGAAGUCGAUGAACCUGCGGGUGACCGAGCAAUCAGCUGGCCCAUUGGAGUACUAGAGGCUGUCGAAGGAGGAGCAUCGCAGGCUACUCUUCUUUUGGUUCAGACUGCGCCAGGCAGCUCAGCAAAUGGGGUUGGCGACGUUUUCGUCAACGUCGCGCUCAAAUCGAACAAAAAGGGUGGACAGAUCGGGGGGCAUUUGGGCGAUAAGAAUUGGAAGAUCCAGCUCGAGCUCGAGAAACUGGCCUGA